AUGGUCCUCGUCGCUCGUCGCGUUCGACAAUGGUUAGAGCCCGAACUAUACCGCAUUAUUCGCUCUGGGGAUGACGGGAAGGUCAUACCACCUUUAUACAAGAGCAACUAUCCACAUACAGUCGCGGGGCGUACACCCGACCUGGAGCGUAUUGCGAGAUUCGGUCCCCAUGUGCGGCACAUUCUCCUGCAGAACAGGCCUUCAGAGGAGAUCGGAAAAAUCCUACAACUGUGCCCCAACGUGAGGAACCUCGCCAUAUGGAUUAUCCACGGCUCGUGCCGCCACCUCGUGCCGAUCCUCGAGGUGCUCAAGUCGCUACGACGGCUUUCGUUCGACCCGUCGUACUUUUUCCAGGACUACUACGACGAUUGGAAAGUACCACUCGACCUCCCUGCAUUCAGCCGCCUCACCCACCUGGAGAUCAUCAACGCGUCACCGCAUUGGAAGAAGUGGAAGAAACUCGCCAGUAUGCAUGCACUAACUCACCUGGCCCUAGCAGGUAUUGUUGACGGUGCGCUGGUCGAACGUAUCCUGAAGGAGUGCCAGCACCUGGAGUUACUCGUCACGUUCUACCUCGACAAACCCUCCAUGGACCUUCAAAUCGCGUCGAAGAGGGAUCUAAGGGCGGUGCAAUUGCGCUCUGUGACGAAUCAUCUGGAGCAUUGGGAAUGCGGUGCUCGCGGCGGGGAGGACUUCUGGGUAACAGCGGAAAAGGUAAAGCGGCAGAGGAUAGAGGAGCGAAGACCCGUCUGUGCUCGCUAA